GCCGAGGAAGAGAGCAGCAUGCUGGGAGCCGUAGUCUGGGCCCUCGUCUCCGGCCCGGCCUCGCUCGGCUCUGCAAAGCUGUUUCCCGACACUUUUAGGCCUGUCUGCUGCUCUUUCCCUUGGAUGGAGGGCUCCGAGGAGCUGGAGAGCAGCCUCCUGACACAGCCCUGGGCUUCUGUUUGCUUUGGCGAGUCUGCUUUUAUUGCCAAAGCUAGCUUCAGGGACUCUGGCUACGUCCUGCUGAUCUCUGACCUCAGCAGCGUCUGGUACGAGAGUGUGGACACGGAGGCUGUGGGACAAAGGUCCAAGGAGCUGAACAAGCGGCUGACAGCCCACGUGUCCUCCUUCCUGCACCACUUGUGCAGCCUCAUGUGCCCCUUGCUGGCGGGGCAGCCAGACACCACCACCUCCUUUUCCUGCCACCGCACACCCGGCAGGCUCAGCGUCCACGUGAAAAGCGAGCUCUCGGGACUGCCCUUCUACUGGGACUUCCACUGCUCUGCUGCACCCGUGGAGAUGGUCUCCCGGCACCUGGUGCGGCCCCUGAUGAGGAUUAGCCUGGCGCUGCAGUCCCAGCUGCAGGAGGUGACCUCCCUGCUGCUCCAGAAAGAUGCUGAGAUCGAAGACUACAGGGAGAGCGGGGCUGCUCUGAGCAGAGACCGCUUGCGGACAGAGCCCUUCCAGGAGGAGACUUUCCUGCAGAACUUCAUGGCUGAGAUGCUGUGGAUGAGAUCUCAGCCAUGGUGAAGCUCGUGGCAUCUCCUGGGGUUUCACCCUCCAGGACCAAACAGCUGCCAAGAGCCUGAACCAAGAGGAAGAGGAUGGCCAUACCAUGGAAGGGAUGACCAUGAUGAGGAAGGGAAGACCAAGCCGAGAAAGGGAUGACCAUGCUCAGGAAGGGAAGACCAAACCAAAGAAGGGAUGACCAUGGAACUGUAAGGGACUGUGGGGUGGACAGGAUUCCCAAGAGAGAGUGUUGUGGGUGAGGGCAGAUUUAGGACAAGAGUGGUCUCUGGGGAGCCCUCUGGCCCUGGUGGGAGAAAGGCUGGAAGAGCCUGGCCUUCCUUGGGAGCUCGGCUUGCUCCAAAGGGAUGUUGCUCUCACACCCUGGGAAGCAGGCACUCUGCUAGCCGUGGUGUAUAGGUGUCUUGAGGUGCCAUAUAGACAGACCCUCACCUCAGUAAGGAAAGCCCUCUGAGCCUGCCCUGAUGGGCUCCACACGACUGACCUCACGGACUAGAAAAGCACCUUCAAAGGAGCCCAAAGCCUGUCUUGGAGGGGCUCUGAGGCUCCUCUGUGCUCAGCCACGGGCUCCCAGGGACCAGCUCAGCUUCUGCUGGGCCCAGAGCCUUUCCAAACCCCAUCCCAGACAGACGGAUAUCCCAAAACCCACUCACCGCAGAAUCCGUCCCCAGGGCCCCCACUCUUGGUCCCUCCGGCUGAAUGAGGUGGUGUGCGUGUGCCCAGACUGUCCCCUUCUGUGACUGUACAGUACACACGGCUAAAUAUAUGUCUGUGCAGAUACAGGAAUUCAGAGGGGCCGAGUGAUGCUCCCUUUCUAUACCUCUUUUCAUGGGGAGAGCUAAUGAGAUUCAUGUCAUUAAAGGACUGAUGUUUUGUGGGAUGGGAGCCUUUUAAACGGGAUGUGUCCUGGCUUAGUCAUGGCAAAUAUUUACCAAAAAAAAAAAAAAAAAGGAAAAAAAGGGACAUACCAUAUAAAAUUAGAGUUCUGAAAAUAGUAUUUAGAGCAAGUGAGAGAGAGGAACCUAAAACAGAAAAUACAGCCCAGUCUGUUCAGGAGUCAGGGGAAAAAGGGAGAAAAAAAAAAAAGCCAGAGAUAAAACGAGAGAAACCUCGGCAGUAAAAACAGCAUCUUGGUAAAUAGACUAUUAAAAAAAUUCUGACCUGCUUUAUGGCUUUCUUGGCUGCCAUUCAGCUGUGCUGCCCUGGCCGGCACGGAGGGAAGGUAGCAGGAGCGGGCGUCUGUGUGGAUGCUCAGAGCCCCGGGACGCGGCUCCCCCCCCGGAGCAGCCGUGCGGGGCGUUAAAUUUAGCCACAUAAUGAUGGCCCUGAGGAGGCAGCCUUUUGUAGCCAUGCUGUAAUUACUGCCUCGCUUAUAAAUUUUAUUUUUCUUAUUAUGUUUCCUCCUCCUCCGCCGGGGAAAGGGGUGGGGGGGGUCUCCCACAGCCCCCUCAAACCCGCAGCCCUCGGAGGCUCUCUGGGGAGCCCUGGGCACCGCCGCGGGGACCGAGCAGAUCUGCAGGCUGAGGGGCCCGGCUGAGCCCGGCAGCACCUCGUCCUGCUCCCCCGUGUGCAUAGGGGCUCCCCUGGGAUUUGGGCGUGGGGGAAGCGUGCCCGGGAGGCACUGCAAGAACCCUCCUGCUGCAGGAUCCCCGCAGCCCAAAGUGUGGGAGCCGUGGCCUCCCCAGGCUUAGCAUCACUCUCCCUGGGUACCAAGGACGGGCUGGCGGAUUGGCUUUGCCCGAAGGGCAAAAAGGGGCAGAAGCCUCGCUGCAGCCGGGGCUGCAGCCAGGUCGCGGCACGGCUGGGUGGCGGAGGCCACCCAGGGCCCCGCACGAGGUGCUGGCUCCAUCCCUGCUCCGCUGGGGAAAUGGGAAAGGCAAAAAGGGCGAAGGCUGGCCCAGGGCGCCCCCCCGCCUCCCUCCCGCCUGCACGGGACGGUGCUCUCGGAGCCGGUGCAAGUGGGGGACAGUUCGAGGCAGGGCAAGAACGUGCCAGAAAAGGUCUUGUUCGCCUCUUGUUUUCCCAAAACAAAGGAAGCGGCCUUGCAUUGCUGGAAGUCGCGUGCUCGGGCUGUGCUGGCUUGUUAUCAUCCGAUAACCCGGCGACCCAGGGGCUGCCCUCCUGCUCACCCGGUGGACCGCGCUCCGGGAUGCGAACAGCUUCCGCAUUUGCUGCCCCUUGCAGAGAUCCGCUUUCCGCCGGGGCCGGGCU